AUGCGACGCAUCAGUGCCACCCAUAACUAUCAUUCGCCCCUUGGCCAGCAGGGACCAUCCGCAAAGCGUUCGAAAAAUGUGGUGACAGAUAAAAGACAAGUGGAAAAUGUCGAUGCGCAAAAAAGGAAUGGAGAAAUCGAUACGAAGCCCGAGUUUGUGGAGGAACACAAUGAAGUAAGCGCUGUUGAUCGUGAAAUAAAACUGGAAGAAGCGAAUGGUGUUGUGGAACACGUCGACUGCGAAGCUGCACAAGUUGAUGUCGUUGGACUUCUCACUGAACCACAUCCUCUUUCUCCACAGUCUCAACCACCUCCUCUUUCUCCACAAGCAGCUCCAAGUGGCGUUCCAGAUCGCAUCGAAUUCGAUCAAUCGAAUGAACCGCUGAAGAGUUCAGAACGUGAUGGAGUGAAGCACAUUGGAUCGUGA